UAAGUGGAAAUAACGUGACUUUCGUUUAUAGCGGCAACAUUUUCAGUGAUGGCCGAUGUUUCAUUUGUAAAUGACCGUUGCCGAAUUUUUGUGUUGAAAUAAUCAAGUUUCUCAUAAUUCGGUGUUCAAAAGUGUAUUAAUGAAAUUCUAAAAACCUUCUGUGUGAAUCAGUGUUUUACGUGAUAGCUAAAUUGUUAGUGUUGUCGAAAUAAAGAAUGUUUGUUGUGUCCUCAUAGUAAUAGGAUCAGUGGUCAAUUAUCUAUUGGAUUACGGUUUUUGCAGUGUUUAUUGACUACUUGUGGACUAAAGAUCAGUGUCGCGUGUGUGUGGUGUAUAGAUGAGAGGCCGCUAACUCUCUGAUAAGCGAGGCGUCGCCACGCUGAUCGGUCUAAUUACUUAGGGGCGGUGUGUGAGUGCCGCACCGCCAUGUCGCACCACAGCGACGAGCAAGCCCUGCUCUCAGUCACAUCCGACUCCUUCUGGGAGCCUGGUAACUACAAACGUACCACACGGCGAAUAGACGACGGCCACAGACUAUGCAGCGAACUACAGGCCUUAGUGCAAGAGAGAGCAGACAUUGAGAAAACGUACGCAAAGAGCUUGCGCGGCUGGGCCAAGAAAUGGAACGAUUUAAUUGAAAAAGGCCCAGAAUACGGCACAAUGGAAGCGGCGUGGAAAGGCGGCAUGGUGGAGGCUGAGAGACUAUCAGACCUCCACCUGCAGAUCCGCGACAGACUCGUCAAUGACGUCAUCGCGCAGAUCAAGAACUGGCAGAAAGAUACCUAUCACAAGUCAAUGAUCCAACUGAAAGAACGCAAGGAGAUGGACGAGGCGUUCAAGAAGGCGCAGAAGCCGUGGGCCAAGUACCUGCAGAAGGUGGAGAGGACGCGGCUGGAGUACCACACGGCGUGCAAGCAGGAGCGCACCGCGCAGAACCAGGAGAGGAACGCCAGCGGGGACAGCUCGCUCAGUCCUGACCAGGGAACGCUGAGAAAACGGAGCGCCGAGAAUCCGGUGAAGAAAAUGGCGGAACGCGUGUCGAAAUGCCGGGAAGAAGUGGCCAAGAACCGGGAGAAGUACCAAGCAGCUCUAGCAGAGAUCACGGCGUACAACCCUCGGUACAUCGAGGACAUGACGGCGGUCUUCGAGCGAUGCCAACAGAUGGAGGCGCAACGGUUGACUUUCUUCAAGGAUGUUCUGUUCAGCUUCCACAAGUGCCUCAACAUCAGUCAAGAGCCUGUCUUACCACAGAUAUAUAACGAGUUCCACCACACGAUAAACAACUCGGACCACCAGAAGGACCUCAAGUGGUGGGCCAACAACCACGGCGUCAACAUGGCGAUGGCCUGGCCACAGUUCGAGGAGUACACGGAGGAGUUCCGGGACAUCGCUAAGGGCAAGUCGAAGGAGAGCCUGCCCACCGGGCCCAUCACGCUGCUCAACCAGCGCCCCGUCAGCGAAGACGAACUGCCGCCGAUUACGAACAACAAGUCAGGGAAGCCCGCCAACAACGCGAACAACGCUAGCAACGCGAACAACGCUAACAACACCAACCACACCGACGGGCCGGCCAGCAACGCGGGCGCCAACAACACGAUAGACAAGAAGACUAUCAGCGCCCCUAUUGCUGUCACGAAUGGUACAGCACCAGCGCCCAAAUCGAACAAGUCCUCUCCAGCUAAGGAUUCUGCAGCCGGCAAGACUGCUGGCCAGGACAACCCGUUCGAAGAAGACGAGUGGGACGAGGAGUCGGGAGGUGCUCUCACAGACACUGGCGAGCCGGGGGUGCCCGUACGAGCGCUGUACGACUACACCGGCGCAGAGAGCGACGAGCUCAGCUUCCGACAAGGCGACUUAUUCGAGAAACUAGAAGACGAGGACGAGCAGGGAUGGUGCAAGGGCCGCAAGGACGGGCGCGUGGGGUUGUACCCCGCCAACUACGUGGAGCCCGUGGGGCACUAGCGGUGCCCGCGCGCCACGCGGCACGGUUGAACUUGUACCACUUAUGUGCGAGGGAAACUCACGCCUUGCCUUCGGUAUGGGUGCAACAGAGGGAACAGUAGCACACACUUGACACUUCCAAGAACAGACCAUCUGCAGCCGAUAUUCUGAUUCUAAGUGUUAUGAUGAACACUUGACGCUGUGAUGGAUGUAAUUAUUAUGAAAGGGUUUUGAUCCGUGGUCAGUCUACUUGUAAAAAUUAAGCUAUUAUGAACCUGUAUUCGUACUAUUGUGUGCAUGUGCGAAUAGUGCGAUAUAAGAUAUGUCGAGUUUUAAAAUAAACAAAACUCAUUUCUUAAGGUCGCUAUACACAUAGGCCUGACAUGCUCAUCCAGCACAUUGGUCCAAUGUGUGCAACGGCCUUUAUGGCAACUAAUCGCUCAUAUCAACCACGAGAAUCGAAUCAAUAAUGAAAUCUCCCUUCCACUACUAACACACCUGAGGCAGGGCUUGAUUUUUCCGAACAUGAUUAUAACUAUUGUAAUAACCUAAAGCAAAUAAGUCUUAACGACGCCAUCGUUACCUAAUCGUGACAUUUUUUCGACUAAGAAGUAAGCAAUAAGUAUGCGAACAACUCGUUCACUUGUACGUUCAAAGGCUGCGCCUGAUUUGGUCGUGAUUUAAUUAUAGCAAUACGAAACAAAUAAG